AUGGCCGCCUUCUCGGCCACGAUCAAGGGCAUGAUCGACGAGGGGUGCGCCGCCGACGGCGUCGUGGAGCUCCCGAACGUCGCCGCCGCCACGCUUUCCCGCGUCCUCGAGCACGUCGAGAGGCACUUCGACUCGGACGACUCCCACUACCCCUCCUCCUCCUUCAACCCCAGCGACGACGACACCCUGGCCCGCUUCGACGAGGAGCUUGUCGGCGUCGACAACGACACCCUCUUCCACCUCCUGCAGGCGGCCAACUUCCUCGGCAUCGACAAGCUGCUGGACCUGACGUGCAAGGCGGUGGCGGAGCAGAUGCGCGGGAGGACGCCCGACGAGAUCCGCGAGAAGUUCCACAGCGUCAACGACUACACCAAGUCACUCGUGGGCGUUCGAUCGAGAUUGAACUCGAUCGUGUGA